AUGUCUCUUUGUGAUGAAAUCCCAGCUGUACCAGUCGGACGGGCAGCAAAGUUAGAAAUGACGUGUAUCAUGGCAGGAAACGUGGGGAAGACCGUUGCUAAAUUCGGAACAACACGUCAGUUCUCUGUCAACACCCUCAACCCAACCCUCAACGCUAACCCUCAACCCAGCCCUCAACGUUCACCCUCAACCCAGCCCUCAACGUUCACCCUCAACCCAGCCCUCAACGCUAACCCUCAACCCAGCCCUCAACGUUCAACCUCAACUCAACCCUCAACGUUCAACCUCAACCCAGCCCUCAACGCUAACCCUCAACCCAGCCCUCAACGUUCACCCUCAACCCAGCCCUCAACGUUCACCCUCAACCCAGCCCUCAACGCUAACCCUCAACCCAGUCCGCAACGUUCAACCUCAACUCAACCCUCAACGUUCAACCUCAACCCAGCCCUCAACGCUAACCCUCAACCCAGCCGGCAACGUUCACCCUCAACCCAGCCCUCAACGCUUAACCUCAACCCAGCCCUCAGCUCACUCUCAACGCUCAUCAACAACGCUCACCCUCAAACACUCACACUCAACGCUCAGCCUAAUCCCGAUCCAACACUCACCCUCAGCUCACCUUCAAUCCCUACCCCAACACUUACCCCCAGUACCGCCCUCAACACUCACCCUUAA